CGAUAGUAGAUAUACGCUUUGUGCGACGACAUAAAUAUCGACAAAAGUGAACACAAAGACAUCAGGGCAUGCUUUUGUGAAAUGCCGCACACAUAUACAGAUUCUCAGCACGUAUAUCUGUCUGUAUACAGGCAAACAGUUUAAAAACUGACAAAAACGCUUUACCAGUGGGACCGAUACACACUCUUAGAUCUACUUUAUCUCGUGUCUAAUGAUGGAUUUCAGAUGGACUAAUGAUUGAAUCUGCGCAUUUCGAUUGGAUUUUCCUAAAUUACAUAUGGCUAGAACUUGUAUAUGUGAAGAUAAUAACUUUUAGAAACAUUCUAUGUUUCGUGAGAACAGCUUGAUGGUGGGAAAUCCUCGCCGGAUAGAGGUGAAUAACUUUUUGUAAUCUAAGGCGGUUUGCGAAGAUUCCUGGUAGACAUGGAGAACCAUAAGCCACAGAUCAGCAGAGUGUUUCUCAUGAUGAUAUACAUAACAUUAGUUUUCGGGCAGCUAUGCAAGAAUUGUCAGAGUGGAUGUGAUCAAGAGACAGGUGAAUGUUCCGAAAGCUGUAGCCUUGGUUUGGAUGGUCCCAUCUGCUCCAGAGAGAAUGUGGCAUUGAAGAGAAACACAACACAAUCAUCGAUCUAUAGGCAAUACACAUCCGAACUCGCCGUGGACGGUGGGACAGAACAAGAGUUGUUAAGGACACCAAUUACAUGUACUCACACACGAGAGAGAGUACAAUCCGCGUACUGGACGGUGACACUGGACACACAGUACAACAUCUACAGCUUCAGGAUCUAUAACAGAAAGGGAGAUUGUAAAGACGGACCAUGCGGUAACCGUCUUAAUGGUUUUACCCUGUCCGUGGGAAACUCCUCCCGGAAUUACACAGUGUGUUACCAGGACACCACCAGGGCUAUUUACGGUCCAGGGGACGUUAUUAAUGGAUCUUGUAACGCCAGCAGCCCGAUAUUAGGAGACACAGUGAAGAUUUUGAUCAACAAUCCCUGGCCGCUCACCCUGUGUGAAGUACAGAUAUUCGUGUGCACACCCGGGACAUACGGACCAGACUGUGGGAAGAGAUGUGGGAACUGUGCCGAGAGACCGUCCGUCUGUGACACAACAUCCGGGCUCUGUCCACAGAGAACACCGAGGUGCAUGCCGGGAUACCGCCCUGAGAAAUGUGAUGAAGUCUGCACCUUAGGAAACUACGGACCUGAUUGUGCUAUGAGAUGUGGACAUUGUGCGGAUGACCAAUUAUCUAGUGACACUGUAUCCGGAACGUGUGCCGACACAAAGCCCAGAUGCAUGCCGGGAUAUUCUGGUCCGAAGUGUGAUACAGCUUGCGAGGGAAAUUACGGUCCUGACUGUUUGCAGAGAUGUGGGAACUGUACCAAAGGCCGAUCUGUUUGUGACGCUAAAUACGGGAACUGCCCAGAGGGAACACCCAGGUGCAUGCCGGGAUACACUGGUGUAAAGUGUGAUACAGAAUGUACUCUGGGCACUUAUGGUCCGGAUUGUAUAGAAACCUGUGGCUCCUGUGCCGAAGGAAACGCUGUGUGUAACACCACAUCCGGGCACUGUCCCGACCGAGAACCACGAUGUGCAGAAGGGUAUUACGAGCUCUGGUGCAAAUCAGAAUUGCCCGUAAACCCUCCGAAUUACACGGGAGUCAUUGCCGGCAGUGCAGUUGGAAUCAUCCUUGUCUUAGUCAUCGGAGUCGUUGUCAUUGCAAUAUUGAUAAAACUGUUGGCUUGUAUUGCAGGCGGUAACCGUCUUAAUGGUUUUACCCUGUCCGUGGGAAACUCCUCCCGGAAUUACACAGUGUGUUACCAGGACACCACCAGGGCUAUUUACGGUCCAGGGGACGUUAUUAAUGGAUCUUGUAACGCCAGCAGCCCGAUAUUAGGAGACACAGUGAAGAUUUUGAUCAACAAUCCCUGGCCGCUCACCCUGUGUGAAGUACAGAUAUUCGUGUGCACACCCGGGACAUACGGACCAGACUGUGGGAAGAGAUGUGGGAACUGUGCCGAGAGACCGUCCGUCUGUGACACAACAUCCGGGCUCUGUCCACAGAGAACACCGAGGUGCAUGCCGGGAUACCGCCCUGAGAAAUGUGAUGAAGUCUGCACCUUAGGAAACUACGGACCUGAUUGUGCUAUGAGAUGUGGACAUUGUGCGGAUGACCAAUUAUCUAGUGACACUGUAUCCGGAACGUGUGCCGACACAAAGCCCAGAUGCAUGCCGGGAUAUUCUGGUCCGAAGUGUGAUACAGCUUGCGAGGGAAAUUACGGUCCUGACUGUUUGCAGAGAUGUGGGAACUGUACCAAAGGCCGAUCUGUUUGUGACGCUAAAUACGGGAACUGCCCAGAGGGAACACCCAGGUGCAUGCCGGGAUACACUGGUGUAAAGUGUGAUACAGAAUGUACUCUGGGCACUUAUGGUCCGGAUUGUAUAGAAACCUGUGGCUCCUGUGCCGAAGGAAACGCUGUGUGUAACACCACAUCCGGGCACUGUCCCGACCGAGAACCACGAUGUGCAGAAGGGUAUUACGAGCUCUGGUGCAAAUCAGAAUUGCCCGUAAACCCUCCGAAUUACACGGGAGUCAUUGCCGGCAGUGCAGUUGGAAUCAUCCUUGUCUUAGUCAUCGGAGUCGUUGUCAUUGCAAUAUUGAUAAAACUGUUGGCUUGUAUUGCAGGCGGUAACCGUCUUAAUGGUUUUACCCUGUCCGUGGGAAACUCCUCCCGGAAUUACACAGUGUGUUACCAGGACACCACCAGGGCUAUUUACGGUCCAGGGGACGUUAUUAAUGGAUCUUGUAACGCCAGCAGCCCGAUAUUAGGAGACACAGUGAAGAUUUUGAUCAACAAUCCCUGGCCGCUCACCCUGUGUGAAGUACAGAUAUUCGUGUGCACACCCGGGACAUACGGACCAGACUGUGGGAAGAGAUGUGGGAACUGUGCCGAGAGACCGUCCGUCUGUGACACAACAUCCGGGCUCUGUCCACAGAGAACACCGAGGUGCAUGCCGGGAUACCGCCCUGAGAAAUGUGAUGAAGUCUGCACCUUAGGAAACUACGGACCUGAUUGUGCUAUGAGAUGUGGACAUUGUGCGGAUGACCAAUUAUCUAGUGACACUGUAUCCGGAACGUGUGCCGACACAAAGCCCAGAUGCAUGCCGGGAUAUUCUGGUCCGAAGUGUGAUACAGCUUGCGAGGGAAAUUACGGUCCUGACUGUUUGCAGAGAUGUGGGAACUGUACCAAAGGCCGAUCUGUUUGUGACGCUAAAUACGGGAACUGCCCAGAGGGAACACCCAGGUGCAUGCCGGGAUACACUGGUGUAAAGUGUGAUACAGAAUGUACUCUGGGCACUUAUGGUCCGGAUUGUAUAGAAACCUGUGGCUCCUGUGCCGAAGGAAACGCUGUGUGUAACACCACAUCCGGGCACUGUCCCGACCGAGAACCACGAUGUGCAGAAGGGUAUUACGAGCUCUGGUGCAAAUCAGAAUUGCCCGUAAACCCUCCGAAUUACACGGGAGUCAUUGCCGGCAGUGCAGUUGGAAUCAUCCUUGUCUUAGUCAUCGGAGUCGUUGUCAUUGCAAUAUUGAUGUAUCAAUCAUAGGUGUGUAAUAGUGGGUGGAGGCCCCUCGGUCCAGAUGAAUCUCUUUGAAUCGUUCAGCCAGA